GAUGUAUCCUUGCCGAUAUCCUAUUCUCUUGCUUAAUUUUUGCAUCGAAAUUACGAAUUGUUCUGAAUGUGAUUCAAUGCUCUAAAUCAUAGAUCGGUAAAUGUAAAUAUAUUUUGUGACGCUAGAUGGAGCUGUGCUUUUACAGAAAUUUCAAAAAUUUAUCGGGAAACAACAGUGAAUCAAAUAAACAACUUAAUAAUUGAUGUAUUUGUUUGUGUUUUUAGGACUAUUUUUACUAAUUGUUGUUUAAUUCAUCGUCUAAUCUGCAUUUUGGAUACUGUCAUACCUUCAUUAUGAACAUUUAUCAUAAAAUUUAAAUACUAGAUAUGCCCAAUCAAUUGGAUUUUAUAAACAAGCUAGACCUCUACUCGGUUUUGUCACCUUUUGCCAUAUUUUCUUCAUAGCCCAGUGAAGUUACCGGCGACUAUAAAUCCUUUCCUUUCUGCUUCUUGGUGGAUUCUUUUUGUUUGUGAUUUUAAAAGGUGACGCUAAUGGAGCCCGAGGAAGCGGUUGAAAACUGUAUAGAGCCAGAAAAGGCCAGCUGUACUGUGGAGUCUAAUGAUGUUGAUAUGAGUUCUCCAAAACAAGAAGAGACUGAAAAUAAGAUUAAUACUAAGGAGAACCCUAUUUGUGAAAAUGAUUCCAAUUUCGCAGUCAUUUGUUCAUUUAUUGAACAAUUUGGCUCCUCUCUUGACCUACAUCUGGAUAUAGCUAAAUUAAAAACGAUGCUAGAAACCAAUGAUACUACUCCAGAAGAACUCGUGGAAUUGCACAUUAAACUUUUAAGGAAAAGACGAAAGUAUAUUCAACGCGAUAAGUGGGAAAGAGCUCUAGCCAGAUUUAUUAGCGAAUACUCAAAUGUCGAUGCUUGGGAACUUGAAAGAUACGGUUAUAAAAACGUUAACCUUGGUAUUCGAAUUACCGCCUUUAAGACUCUUCUUGAAGCUCAGUUCGACUACAAUGCAAAAUUUAAAAGUAGUAUUAAUGCUAUGGAAGCUUCAACUCUUCGUUUGGCUCCUAUUGGAAGGGAUAUUCACGGUAAUCAAUACUGGUACCAGCUCGAUCCACACUCAUGUCUUAGAGUUUAUAGAGAAGAACCAGAUGAUGAAAAUUCCUGGAUUCUUAUUGCAAAAGAUAAAGACGAUCUUGCCGCUCUCAUCUCAAACUUGAAAUCUCAGAGUCUCGAUCAACUUAAAGAUUCUGCGCCAGUCAGUGAAAAUAUCAGUGAAAAUGAAGAUAGUAAUUUAAACGAAUCAAGUGUUAAUAUCAAAGAAGAACCCAGAGAAGAAAAAUCUAGUUUGUUAAAGCAAAAUCAUCUAAUAGAAGUGAAAAGUGAAAAUCACGAUGAACUUAAAGAACCAAAUGUUGAACAUCUUGAGGAGCUGACUUGUUAUCAACGCUCACAGAAUAAAUGCAUUCCAAAAAAUGAAAUUAAAAAAGAGAUUUGCAUGGAGCCUAAACAAUCAACUAAUCUAACUUCCGAAUCUUCUUCAUCAAGUAAUAAUGUCCAUUUUAAUGCAUCAAAUUAUUUAUCAUCUAUUGACUCCGAAGUUGGUGAUGUUCUUAAUGAUAUUUUAGAUAAAAUUUCAUCGGAUAGUACUCCAAUGCACAAAAGUUUUGAUGUUGAAUUUCAAGAUAUAAUUGAUUUAUGCAAUCAACUUGUGGAUCAAGUCUGUGCUAAUUCACAUCUGCCCAUUCUUCCACCAAACUCAUCUAAACCUUCACAUGAACAAAUACCAUUAAUUACUCCAUUGAAAUCAUCCUCACCAUCAUUACCAUCACCAUUGACAUCAUCAUUAGCAUCUACUUGUCCAGUCAAACCAUCUCUUGAAGAAUCCGAAAAUCUACAAGAUCAAGAAGAGAAUAAAAAAGAGAGUGAGGACGAAGAAUUGAAAAGUACAAUUUCUGGCUCGGCCAAAAAAAGAGGCCGAAAACCUAAAAGAGGACUUCGGAAAAGAGCUCCUCAAAACCAAAAUGAUCGAAAUCUCGAUGAAAAGUCAGAAUCAGAAAGUCAAAGUGCGACUGAUGUGAAACCUACAAAAGUUGACACUAAAACCCGUGGUCGGAGGGGCGGUGGCCGAGGUAGAGGUCGUAAAGUAUCUAUUCCCGAACUGGAAAUUAUCGAAAAGGCUGCAAGAUCUCCGUCUCCACAGCCUGUUAAGCGCCAAAGUCGUAGAAUACAAGCUUUGCAAGAAAAGAAAAAUGCUGAGCUUGCUGAAAAAGUGAAACGAGAACAACAAUUAUUAGAAGAGAUGGCCAAGAAAAUGCAAGCUAACAAAGUAAAAUCUCAAGAAAACAGUUGUGAUAGUUUUAGCAGAGACUCUAAAAAGGACAAUGUUUAUCAAACUGAAGACAGCUCUAGUGAUAGUGAUCAUGUUACGACUAAAAAGCGGACCAAAAAGAGGAAAAGAGGGAAAGGAGGGAAAGCUGGAAAAGCAGGUUGUCCUUGGGAUAGUGCUUCUUCCAGUGAAUCUAGUGAAGAAGAAGAAGAAGAAGAGAUCGAGGAAGAAGACGACGAAGUUCUUCAAUUUGAUGACAAUGAAGAUGAAUUCGCUUGUGAAGAACCUGAUCCUGACGCCGAACCCAUUAUCCUGAAAAGAGCUAGAACAGCGAAGAAAAUAAAAGAGAAAAUAACUGAUCAAGGAUCAAGCAGUGAGGCAGAAGAAGAAAUAAACGACGAUACUCCAUGUCAACGUUGUGGUAAAUAUGAUCAUCCAGAAUGGAUACUUCUUUGCGAUAAAUGUGACACUGGUUUCCACACGGCUUGCCUUAAACCUCCAUUGAUGUUAAUUCCUGAUGGCGAUUGGUUUUGUCCACCUUGUGAAAAUCUCUUUUUACUUGAAAAGCUAGAAGAAAAAUUCGAAGCACUAGCAAAGGCUCUUGAAAAAAGAGAACUGGAAGAAAUGCGUAAACAAAGAUUGAAGCAAGUAGCUGCUAGUCUUGAUGCAUUAUCAAAGCCGAAGCCAAAAAUUGAAAUUUGUAAAAAACCUACAAAUGAGGAACGUGUCAAAGAACGUGCACGAAAAUAUUCUAGAAGGUUAUCCGAUGACGAUAACUCAGAAGAUGAUAGGAGUGACAAUGAUGAUUCAGAGGAUGAUAGUGACGAGAGUGAUUACUUGAUGUUACGUUCCUCAAGAAGCCGAAAGAAAAUUAGUUAUCAAUUCACCGAAUAUGAUGAAAUGAUUAACUCAGCAAUUUUAGAUGAAGGUUACGAUGCCCCACCAGACGCUCCUUACGGUCAAUCCAGAGGAAAAGAUAUGGCUACUAUUGAACAUGCUUUGAAACAACAAGAAGCAGAAGAAAGGGAGGAAGAAUUAAAAAUUACGACUCAACCCGAAAUCAAACCUGAGAAUCCUGUGCCAGCUGAAGUUGAACAGAAUGAACCACCUGAAGCUGAAGAGAAAGAGGAAGUAGAUAUGGAUUCUGAUUUCGAGCCUGAAAAACCAAGAAAGUUAUCAAGACACUUGAAGAAACGACGAUUAAAUGACUUGGAGCCUCCCUCUGAAGAUGAUGACUCUGAUGAAUCAUUUAAAGGUGGUUCGGACACAGAAGUAGAAGAUUUGUCCGAGGAAAGUCUUGAAGAAAUUGAUGAUGAAACAGAAGAAAGUAAUGAGUCUUGGAAAGAUUUUAGAAGAUCUAAAAAGUCAAAAGGUCGAAAAGUUAUGAGAGGAAAGUCAGGUAAAAAGAAAGGUUAUCGUCGUGAUGAUUUUGUUGUUGACUCUGACGACAGUGAUUAUGGAGCUGGAAAAAGAUCGCGAACUCGAGCUGCAGCUAAAAAGCGGGUUAGUUACAAAGAGUUUACCUCUGAUGAAGAAGAGGAAGAAGAAUACGAAUGGAAAAGUAAAAAGAGUAAAAAACGUAAAUUAAGUGGUUCAGAGACAAGCGAUGAAGAAUGGGAAGAUGAAGACGACGAUGAUAUUACAACAAAAAAGAAAAAGAAGAAAAAUGCCAUUUCGGAUGACGAAGAAGACGAGGAGGAAGAAGAGAUGGAAGAAGAAGAAGAGGAGGAAGAAGAAAAUGAUGAAGACGAAAGAUAUGAUAGCGAACGAGAAGAAAAGUUAGCUAAAAGCAAAAAGGACAAAAAGGCUAAAUCAAAACCUAUUAGUGACGAAGAGGAUGAUGAUGAACCAGAAGAAGAUGACGAAGAAGAAUUUGAAGAAAAGAAAUCCAAAAAACGUCAUGAUGUUAAAGAAAGUCCGAAAAAAUCAAAAUCACCUAAAGGUAAACCAGCUAAGAAAUUUGAAAUGCGUGGUAAGCCUCGUUUAUCAAAAGCACGUAUGAUGAGCUUAGCUGAAAAUUCUGAUGAUUCUCAAGAAACAAAAACCAUCCCUGAUGCUGAGUCAGGGAAAGUUCAAAGUGAUUCAUUUGGUCCAAAUAAAAAUUUAUCAGCUGAAAAACCACAAUCAAUACCCACUGCGGAAGUAAUACCAGUAACUGUAACUGAAGUAAAUAAAGCGUUACCUCUGCAUUUGGUGGGACCUCAAAAAGAUGUUGGUGAACAUCAACAUAACAUCCCUCGAGAUGGACCCGUUCAUCCUAUGAGUGGAAACGUACCUCCAGAUCAUCGACAAGAGUCUCUUGGCCCAAAUGUAUCUCAAAGAAUUGCUCCAAAUUUAAUUCUUCCCCCAGGAAAGCCUUCUGCUUUGUCACAAUUAACUGCUUUUGCCUCUAAAGGACCUGGUCAUCCCGGUGGACCUGCUACUCAUAUUCAUUCGGUCAAUCCUAACUCUGUUGAUUACCCAAGUUCUCAUCAUGUACAACAAAUCCCUCCUCAUCCAGCUUCAUCCAGACCUCAUGGGUCAGAUAAAGAAGAAAGUGACUACUCAAUAAUGUCAUUAGAUGCUUAUGGUAAUAAUCAAAGGCAAAUGAAAUCCAUGUCCAUUGAAAAUUAUUGUCCUCCAACAUCGAGUCCUUCCCAAUUAUUGCACCUUGAAUCUUCUCAAUAUAAUCCUCAAGGUCCGCCACCACCUCAAAUGGCCAACAUGGAAAGAUUUCCUAGUAAUUUUGCUCCUAAUUCUAAAAAUCCCGACUCUCGAAUGCCUGGUCCAUUUCAUGAAUCCAUUCCACCCAGAGAUUAUCCUCCAAGGCAACCUUAUCCUCCUCAAUCAGCAAACUUCCCCGGUGAUCCAAGAGCAUUUUAUGAUCCUCAGAUGAUGAGACCAAAUCAUGGUAAUGCGGGUCCUUAUCCUCAUCCUAACGCUCAUCCAGGAAAUUCACCAUACCGUCAAAGAUCAGGUCCUAUGCACUAUGGUCCUAACCCGGGACCUAGACCUGGACCAGGAUUUUACCCCCAACCAGGACCUGGAUUUUAUUCUAGACCUGGUCCUAUGCCAAGAAAUUCAAACAGACCUCCUCAUUUAGCUCAAAACAUGCCUCCUUCAACUCGUCCAACUGGACCUCAUACUCUUGAACGUCCUCCACCUUAUCCUGGACCUCCUCAUUUGUAUCCUCCCGGUCAUCCUGCUUCUGCAAUGGCAGCUCAUUUUCCACCCAAUGCCUUUUAUCCUCAUCCCGGAGAAUUUCUUCCUAAUGGCGGUUUCAUGAUACAAAAUCUUCUCCACGCGCCUCUCCCAAAUCAACCCAAUCCACCAAAUCGAGCUAAUGGACUUGAAGGAGCAGCGACCACAGGAUCGCCAAGUAUAACUCCAAAUCCAACUCAUACAAAUUCGAAUGGUCUACCAGCAGCUACACAAGGAGCAAAUCAGCCGCCUCCAUCUCAACCUCCAACCAACCAAAUAGCUCAACCACCUCCAAUCUCUUCACCGAGUGAUUAAGAUAUAUCUUGGAAAUGUACAAUCAUCAAUUUGUGUAUUAUUAUAUAUUAUAUUAUCUAUGAUCAUCUACUUUAAACUCAUCACCGAAUCAUCGCUGUUUCUAUCUCUGCAUCUUUCCAUCACUCACUUUUGCAUUUCAUCAUCAAUUUCAUUCAUAAGCCAUUAUUUGUUAAAGACUAAGCCUAGAUCAAUCCUAAAUUGUAAAUUAUUCAUUUUAUUAUUUCUCAACCCUCUAAUCACCCUGUAACAUGCAAUAUAAACUAACAGAAAUUCUUAAGGAUAUCAGAAUUUUUCUGUUUGUCCAUUUUUUUCAUCUUAUAGAUCAUCCAUAUUCAACUUCAUGUAAACAAAAGGUUUUAGGUAUUCUACGAACCCAUCAAUUCAGUUAAUUAUUCUUCACCGAUGUCUCAUUAAUCUAUUGAUUAUAUUGCAAUUAAUAUUUAUAAUUUUUAAAUAAAAAUUGGCUUGCAACCUCAACUGUGCAUCAAAA